AUGCAUAGGAAAGAAGGACACAAGCUGAAUACCAAAACAUCCCCAGCAACCAACCAGGCACCUGGCCCGGAUGAAAAGGGGAAAGCUGGAAAUGCCAAGAAGGCUGAGGAAGAAGAGGAGAUUGAUAUUGAUCUCACAGCACCAGAAACAGAGAAGGCUGCUCUUGCUAUUCAGGGCAAGUUCCGGCGAUUCCAGAAAAGGAAAAAGGAUCCCACCUCCUGA